CGCUGGAACACAUGGCCACUCAUCGGGCAGUCGCUAUUACCACCGUUGGAACUCUGGAGAUUAUAUAUCUUCCGACCCCCUCACCGGGACCUGAUGAAGUCCUUGUGCAUGUUCACUACGCUGUAGUCAAGUCAACUGAUGGGUAUCAGUUGGACAAGGGUUAUGCGCUUUCUGCGCAUGACUUCCCUCGUGUCAUUGGCUUUGCAAGUGCAGGCUUCGUGAAGGCGGUCGGCGCAAACGUGAAAGACCUCAAAGAGGGCGAUCGAGUUGCGACGUACAACAUACCCGAGAGCAAGAACAAGGCCGCUCAAGAGUAUACUGUUGUGCCGAGGUUCUUCGUAGCAAAGGUCCCCGAAUCAGUUCCCCUGCACGAAGCGGCAUCCAUCCCUGACAAUUACAUCACUGCUAUGUAUGCCGUCUUCGGUGGUCCAGGGCUAGCGCUUCCCGUCCCCUCCUUCCUCGUAUCUCCGUCUGCUGUGCCUAACCGGCCUGCUAUAGACCUCUCCGCACCUGUGCUCGUCUACGGCGCAGGUUCCUCCUCCGGCCAAUUUUUCGUCCAAGCUUUGCGUAUCGCCGGCUUCACUGACAUCUUCGCAGUCGCAUCCGGUCACCACCACGAGUUCCUCCGCUCGCUCGGCGCAACACAGUGCUUCGACUACCGUUCCCCCGACGUCGAGUCUCAGAUCCGCUCGGCUGUGGCUAGCACUACGCACGGCCGUCUCUCGGUCGCCUUGGAUCCCAUCGCUACCCGCCGGAGCCUGUCGCUCCUGAGCGAGGUGCUCGCAUCGCCUGCUACGCUGCCCCGUGCGCGCCUGGCCGUUCUCUUACCCUUCAAGGACGGCGACGCGGUCACGAACGAGCCUGAUAGCGCGAUACACCUGACUGCCCCGCCUUGGCUCGAAGAAGUAUUCUCAGGCAAGAACGUCGAGGUCAUUCCGAUUGCAACCUUCCGGGUCGGCGAAGACGCAUUCUCUCGCGAGAACAUAUUGUCUGUGAUACUUCCGCGUCUCCUGGAGAGGGGAAUGAUUCGUGCAAACCCUGUGCGGCUGAUAAGGGAGGGCAGUUUGUUAGAGAGGGUGAACGCAGGGCUGGAUCUGUUUAGGAAUAACAAGGUUAGCGGCGAGAAGGUUGUAGUUGACAUGCAUGUAUAGGUUCACUAUUACAUGGAGACUGCGGCGACAAGAAUAGGAUACAUAAUUUAACUACGAUGUACCCCUGACAUGCAAAGCCCACAUUUCAGCUGAAAUCCCUGGUCCUUAUCAUCAGCUCAUAGCAAACUGAUAUUUACUGUAUUUAACGAUUACAAGAGUAAGAACAGCAUGGUGACCCGAUCAACAUACGCUGGUUCCUCGGAAGAACGAAGACUGCAGCUACAGUGUUAGGGAGAGGAAGGCGCAAAUGGUAUACGAAAGGUGAAGCCAUCUGGUGCGGACAACGGAAGUGGGUUGUAUUCCUGGUCUUGUUCUUUGCCGCCUGAGGAGUGUGAAUAUACCUGCAAAGCCAGUUGCAGACAGCGCUCGAUGGCAUGUCUGCGGACAUCAGUUUGUCCAUAAGACUCGUGCAAAGCCGCCUUUGCUUUUUCAAGCACUUCCUCGGAAGUUGCGCCAAGGAUGCUGCGUAUUUGCUCCGGCUUGUACAUUCUCGCGAGUGUAACACCCUCGAGAGCGAGGACAUGAUAGCAGGCGUCUGCCGUUGCGAAGA